UAUAUACACUUCGUACAGCCGACUUCGGCUCAGAAACGAAGGGGCAGCCAUAUUGAAUUUGCGUCCGAAUGGCUGGUGGUCAUUCUCGUGUGAAAAUUCUUUUCACUCACAUUUUGGCUGGUAGAAUCAAACAUUUUUCCGAAUAUAAGUCAACAUAUAGCAAAAAUUUGCCGGUUGUGCCGCUAGCUAAUAAAAAUAUAAACACGCGCCAGUUGCACAUCGUUUGUUGUUGUUGUUGGCAAACAAUAAAAGUGUGUGAUUAGCGCGCCGCUUCUUUUUUUUUUUUGCGGCGGCAACUAUUGUGUAUUUGUUGGGCAUUUAUUGCGAAUAUUGGCUGCGAAUCUUGGUGAUUCCCAGUCCCAGGAGCAGUAGAUAGAUCAGCAAUCAUGAGCAGCAGUACUCCGGGCAGCGAAGGUGCCCUGGCGACGCCUUCGCCAUCGCCGCUGGCCAAAAUGGAUGUGGAUUUUACUGGUUCCAAAUACGAGAUGCACGCCACGCUGUCAGAUGAGGAACGCCGGUUCUACCUGAAGAUGUACCCCAAUGUGGAUCUGGUCAACCAGCGGAAGGUGCACUGCACCGUGUGCAAACUGCACCUGGGCACGGCACCCGGCUUCGAGAACAGCAUCAAAAUGCAUCCCAUCCUGCGGGUGACGCACUGCGUCAAGUGCCACGACUUCUACAACAGCGGCGAGUUCUCCAAGGGCGAGGACGGCUCAGAGCUCUACUGCCGCUGGUGCGGCCAGGGCGGCGAGGUCUACUGCUGCUCCACCUGCCCCUACGUCUUCUGCAAGUCCUGCAUCGUGAAGAACCUCUCCAAGGGCGUCAUCGUGGACAUCGAGCAGAACGAGCACUGGAACUGCUUCAGCUGCACCUCCAAGAUCCUCUGGCCACUGCGUGCCCAGCACUGGGCGCUGGUCAACUACCUCCAGACGCAAAAGAGAGCCCUCCAGAGUUUGCAGCUGCCCGAGUCAGAGAUGCGCCGCCAAUUGUUCAAGGACAGCAGCAACUGCUGCCGCCUGGCCAAGUCCAAGGCCAGCAGCCUGUCCGACUCCAUGGAGAGCCUGGAGUCGAAUGUGUCCAGGCGCAGCCAAGGCAGCGCUGCCGGCUCGACCAAACGAGCAUCCCUGCAGAAGGCCGUUCCUUCGGCUCCGCCGGCCAAACGGCCGAAAUCCUCGAAUGACGAGGUGGUCUGCACACCGGAUCUACUGAGUAUGCUGGAACCGGACUGCCAGCUCUCUGUGACCCCCAAGCCGGCUAGUCGUCAGUCGGUGCCAGCGGCCAGUGUCACAACUACAACUCCCAGGAUUGUGACCGUCCAGCAGAACUACCAACCCUCUCCAAGUUCCAGCAGCAACAGCAGCACCAGCAAUGGAGGUGGCCCCACCACGAUGGUUACGCCGCGGAGCAGCCUGCCGCCGCCGCUGGUGCUGAGUGGAUCGGGGAUUCGCUACCGCCAAAAUGCCCCGGGCACAUCCUCAAAUGUGGUGCGGCGCACCGUGGUGCCCAACUCGGUGAAGACGCCCGGUCCGGUCUUCCACACCAUCAGCGGAUUCCGGGUGGACUUGAACAGUGCUGCACAACAGGAUUCCUACCGCCUGCCCAACGGUCGAUUGAUUCAGGUGAAGCGCCAGUUGCCGCAAGCCAACCAACCGUCGCCACCGCCUCCUCCGCCGCCCAUGGCCCUUCCUCCCCAGGCCGCCGGUGUGGUCAUCCGGCCCAGGCCGCCGCUUGCCGCCAACAGGCCAGCGCUGCACAUCAGCACCUAUGGCAGCAACAUGGGCAUCUACAAUCCGCAGACCAACCAGCAGCAGCGGGCUCCACAUGUGCGUGUGGCGAACGCAAGUCAAGUGCCGCCCCCAACACUUCAAGGCCCAGCGCCAAGUGCCAAUGGAGGCCAGACCCUCAUGAUUACCCCAGUACCGCCGCCACCGCCGAAGGUUCCGACGCUGGUGCGGCACAACUUCCCCAACACACCGAUGGGCACGGCGCGUGCCCAGCUGCAGGAGCAGAUCUUCAGCGCCAUGGACAUCUGCACCCAUCUCACCGGCAAAGUGGUCUCGCUCACCCACUCCAACGCCUACAACCAGGUGCGCAACUACAUGGAGCUCAAGGAGCUGUACAUCCACAUGUCCUAUCUGAUGACCUACGCCAUCGGGCGGUUCAAGAACCUGCAGGAGAAGUGUCUGGUGGACAUGCGGGAGAAGGGUUUCAAGAACGACGCCAACAGUCUGGAGAACGGCCAGUUGGCUGCCGAAAAACAAGCCAGCGAUGACGAGGAUAAUGAAAUUGAGAUUGUGGAGCCAAAAACGGACACCAUUACCAUUGAUUCGGACAACGAGGAUGAUACGCCGUCGACCUCAACGCAACAACCUCAGCAGGAGGCUAUCAUGAAGAUAACUUCCGUGACAUCGGCGGCACCGAAAAGGGAGCUUCCGCAAAAGGAGAACCAGGUGGACAUCGAUGUGGCCGCCUUCAGCUCCACGAUAUUGGCCAGUCUGCUGGAAGUGGAGAUCAACGAUGGCGCCAACGAACCCAAGUCCGUUUCGCCGGGCCAAAAGAAGCAGCCGCGGAAGAAGACAACCAAUAAACCAAAUCCGGCACUUUUGCAGCUGGAACGCCAGCGCAUGGAGGAGUUCAAGAAGUGUGAUGCCAAGCUAAAAAUGAAGGCUGUGGUCAAGUUGAGGCGGGCCGAGGACCAGUUCGAGGUGGCGCGAAAAUGGGUGGAGGACUGCAGGAAACGGGAGCAGAAGUUGGCCGCCGAGAAGAAGGGUUCGAGUGUGGAAAAGGAUGGGCAAAGCGAGGAGCCAGAUUCAGCUAAGGAACAAACCGAGGAAAAACUCAAAAACAAGGAAAAAAUCGGAGAAAUAUUAAAGGCGGCAAUAAAAGCAAAAAUAGGAGAGAAAGAUAAGAAAACUGCCGAAGAAAAAGAAGCUCAAGAAAAAAAUGUUAAAGAAAAAGAAAAUAAGUUAGCGAAAGAAAAAACAGAAAAGGAAAAAUUAGCAAAAGAAAAAAAAUUGAAGGAAAAAUUAGCCUCCAAAGAAAUAGAAAAGAAAAAAAUAUCUGAAGAAGAAAGGGUAAAACAAGACGAAAAGAUAAAGACAAAAAUUGCCGACAAAGAAAAGGAAUUAACAAAGGAAAACAUUGUAAAGGAAGUAAAGCAGGACAAAUCUAAAAAGGUAUCAAAAAAAGAUGAAGAAUCCGAUUCCAAAAAAGUAUCGGAAAAGAAAAAGGCUGAUGAUUCUACAGAAAUGGAAGCAGAGUCCGAAAUAGUUUCGGAAACGGAACAGUCUGAUCCGAAAGAAUUGGACGGGGAUUCCGAAAAAGUAGCAGAAAACGAACCGAGUGAUGAAACCGAAAUGGAAGUCGAAUCCACAAUAGUUUCAGACAAAGAAAUGGUUAAUCAGAAUGAAAAGAAAAACAAACCAGAAACCAUUACAAAUAAAAAUAAUAUUAAUCAGAAAACUAUUUCAGAUAAAAAAGAUACAAAACCAAGUGAAGAAACAGCUACAAUGGGAAAGGAUAAAAAUAAGAUUCUCGAAGAAGAAGCUUCUGAGACAAGCAAAGUGGAAAAGAAUUCUGGGAAAGAACACAAAUCAGAAGUAUCAGAUAAAAAAGAUACAAAACCAAGUGAAAAAACAGGUACAAUCGAUAAGGAUAAAAAGAAGAUUCUCAAAGAAAAGCAUUCUAAGACAGAAACAAGUAAAGUAGAAAAGAAUUCAGAGAAAGAAAACGAAACAGAACAACUCACAGAAAAUAUAGAGAUGACAGAAGAAGCGAAAAAGGAUGCCCUUAAAGAUUUAGAAAAAGAUUCUAUUGAAGGUACCCAAUCAGAGGUGGAAGAUAUCCUAGGGGAAGAAAAAACUCUGGAGAGUGAACUGGUAGACCCAGCCAUUUCGAACUUAGACGAAGUCAUGGACACUUGCAACGAAAACGAAGAGCCUUCCGCAGCGGAACUCAUUGAAAGCAUGGACGUCACUGAACUGGACGAAACGCCCAAAGAACUGCUAGAUUGCGCCAUAGACGAGGUCAUUGCCAUGGAUGGCAUUGAACUAAGUGCAGCCACUGAGGAGCUGAUGAAGGCUUUGGACAGUCCCAGCGUCCUGGUUUCUGAGAACGCCAAUGAAGAUGAGACUGAUUUGGAUGCCAACGAUCUAAUUGAAAAUCUGCCUCUCGAAACCACGCAGCCACCAGAGAUUCUCUUGAAAGACGAUGAAAGCGAGACAUCCGGUAGAUCUGACCCGCCGACUAAGACUGAUGAAAGUGAGUCACCUUUGGCUGGCUCAGCUGAAAAUGGUGACCCCGCAAUCGAAGCCAGUGAGUGCCCAGUCGAUGCCGCACAAGAUGAGCCCGCUACGGCGCAGAUUGUUGGCUAGUUUGUGGUGAUCUUUUGAGGUCCCGCCGACGAGCAAACAUAGCACUGGACCUCAAAACCCUCCAUUUAAGAUUUCUACUAGAAAAGAGCAAAACAUUUACACAAAGAGUUUCAUGUAAAUACUUAACAGUUGCUUAUGAUUUGAACUCUCUAAAAAGUGAUUCAUAUUUCUGUAUAUCUUCUUCUGUUUUAGGAAUGUCUUAUUUUGGAUAUACACUUGUACAAACUAAUUUCAAGCAAUUUCCUUAAGGAAUCAAUAUUCUUUUGAAUAUUAAACAAGCGCAAAGCUCAGCUAUGUUCUUAGGUAGCAGCAGCCUCAGAUAAGAUUAAUUUGUACACAAAGUUACAAAAAUAAAAAUCUGAAAAACUAUUUGUAGCAAUUAUGAACAUUUGUAAACCUUCCCAUAGAAUUUAGGAUUAGGUAUUGCAUUUCACAAUGCAUUGUUAUGUUUCCGGACCGCUUAAAAAGCCUCUUAACCCACGCAAUUCAUCCAGAAAUUCGAGGGGAAAUGAAUAUUAUGUAAGCUUCUCUCAAUGUUCACUCAUAAUUGUGUAACCAGAAUACAUGAAGUACGCCAGUCGAUUGCAAGUAAACUAGCACUUAAGUUAUUAAUUGAUAUUAAUAUAAAUGUGUAUUUUUAAGCUAUCUUAUGACGAAUAAAAAAAUCUAAAAAGUUA